AUGGUUAAAAAGAAAAGUGGAAGAACUCUUAAUCCAGCUGAUGCGCAUCGUAAAGCGAUGCGCCAGAAAGAGAUCAAGAAGAAUAAGGCUGAAAGGAGAAGAAUAAGAACUCUUGUUAUGAUGCACAAAGAUACAUCAAAACUUGAGGAGGAAAUAACACGUUAUAAAACUUUAGAUAAAGGAAAACGGCUAGAUAAAAAUGGAAAAGUCAAAUUGAAAGACUUGGAAGAUAAAUUUUCAAAAAUAAUAGAAACUAAAAAAGCACAUGGCGUUUCUGUAGUCAAUGAUAAACCAAAAGCUACAUUUUAUAAUCCUUCUGGAUUACUACCAACAACUGAUGCUGGAAAUUAUUCCACAACAGAUGAUGAAAGAAGUUUGGUUCAUAGUGAUGAAAGUACUGAUGAUUUAUCAGAUGAUGAUGAAAAUUCAGAAGAAAUUGAUGAUACAGAUGAGGAAAUAGAUGAAGAUAUACCUUUACCUUCUGGUUCACCACCAAAACAAAUAAAUGAAACAUCAGCUAAUGAUGACGAUGAAUUACCAGAAUUACCUCCUGGUCCACCACCUUCAAAAAAACGAUUUGAAAUUAGCGAUGACGAAGGAAAAGGUGAUGAAGGUGACGAAAGUGAGGAUGAUGAUUUACCUUCUUUACCACCAGGACCUCCUCCAUCAAUGAUGAAAAAACAACAAAAAAUGGUAACAAAAAUACCACCUCCGCCGUCGCCAUCAUCAUUUGGAUUUUAUCAUUCUAAUCAUCACCCACCAUUUCUUCUGCCAGCUAAUCCUUUUAUGAUGUAUAAUGGUCCACCACCAGGUCCACUAAAUAAUCAAAUACAAAAUAUGAUACCACCACAUCCUCCAUCACCGAACUCAUUUCCUCCUGGAACUGGUUCUAAUCCUUUUGGGAGACUGCCAACACCUAUACAUGGACAAAUAUAUUCAUCACAUACACAAGUAUCAAGACCACCACCAUUUAGUACGAAAUUUUCACAUUAUGGCCCACCACCACUACAAAAUCAACAACCAAAACAAUUUUCUCAACUAAGUUCAUCUCCUAACUCAAUUUCAUCGUCAUUAUCACCUUUUAAAUCAAAUAAUACAGCUGAGCCUCAAGUUCGUAAUUUACAAAAAGAAUUAACAGCUUUAGUACCAGCCUCGUUGUUACGAAAAAAAGCUGCAUCUAAUAAACCAAAGGUUAUUAGACCAUCGGUAAACACUGCGCCAAAUAUUGAUGAUGGUUUAAUAACGGAAAUAACUUCUUCUUCACCUUCAUUUACAAUACCUAUUAAAAGACCAUCAUCUUCAUCUGUAGUUGCUAAUAUACCACUUUUACAAAAUCAAUCUUCAAAUGAUAAGCAACAGCAAGCUCCUCCUCCUCUUCCUAAAAAAUCUAAAACAAGAAAAAAAGUUGACGAAUACGAAAAAUUUAUGGCAGAAAUGCAAGAUUUAUUAUGA